GUGGUGGGUAUAGCCGUCAUCGGUAUGAACGAUGAUGGACGUGGAGGAGACCAACACGGCGUCCACCGCGAGCUCCUCGCCGAGACCCUCCAGCCCUGCCGUGGACUCCACUUUUAUCAGCGUGAAGAAAGAACCCAAGGACGAGCCCAGCAGCCCUUUGGAGGCCACCAGUCCCGGUUCCAUCCUACGCAACAACAACGAACAGCAUUACGCAGCAGCUGAUUCCAACAGUUCGACGCCCGCUAAGAGCUUCGUACCCUGCAAGGUCUGCGGCGAUAAGGCGAGCGGUUAUCAUUACGGCGUUACCAGCUGCGAAGGUUGCAAAGGCUUCUUCAGAAGGAGCAUACAGAAGCAGAUAGAGUACAGGUGCUUGAGGGACGGCAAGUGUCUUGUCAUCAGAUUAAAUCGGAACCGUUGCCAGUACUGCAGAUUCAAGAAGUGCCUAGCCGUCGGCAUGUCCAGAGACUCCGUGAGAUACGGCAGGGUGCCGAAACGCUCGAGAGAACGUGGCCCUGAGGACACGAUGGCGACAACCAUGACGACGACGACGACGACGACGACGAUGGCGGCUAUGGAAAUGCAGCAACUGACUACACCCGAUACCGGCAACAACAAUGCCAGUAACAAGAACAACAAUAACAACAACAAUAACAACAACAAUAACAAUAACAAUAACACCCAGAGCCAGAACGCGAUCUCACGGGUACCGUCGGCGGCGGUGGUCGAGGCUGAUCAAUCAGACGCUGACGUGAAGCAACUGGCUGUAUACGAUGUGAUUCAUCAGGUGUCGCAAGCUCAUCACGCUCAUUGCGGCUUUACGGAAGAGUCCACCAGAGGCCUCACGAGGAAACCUAUGAUAAUACCGGCGAGUAAUUCUUCGCAGCCCGCAAGCCCGGAAGAUCCAGAAGCGGCGUCCUCAACCGCGGAGACGGUCGAGUCACAGAGGAUCUGGUUGUGGCAGCAAUUUGCCACUAGAGUGACACCGUCGGUACAGAGGGUGGUGGAGUUCGCAAAACGCAUGCCAGGAUUCUGCGAGCUCUCGCAAGACGACCAACUGAUCCUGAUCAAAGUCGGCUUCUUCGAGGUGUGGCUUUGCCACAUUUCCAAAAUGACCACCGACAAUUCGAUGACUUUUGAAGAUGGCACUUACUUCACCCGCCAGCAACUGGAACUGAUGUACGAGCCCGAUUUCGUGACUGCACUGAUGCAAGUCACGUCGUCGUUAAAUGCCCACCAACUGACGGACACCGAGAUGGGCCUGUUCUCGGCAGCGGUGCUGCUGAACGAGCGACCGGGAUUGAACGAUGUUAAGGCCGUUCAAAGGCUGCAGGAUCGCGUCCUGGAGGCAUUGAGGGUGCAGACAACACGACCCUCCGGUGAAGGUGCUGGCGGCACAGCGAUCACCAAUGUCUCGCAAAGGAUACCCGAAUUGAGAGGGCUUGGCGCCAGACAUGCCAAUCUCUUAGAUUGGUUCCGCAGGAACUGGACGAAGCUCAAAUUACCGCCGCUAUUCGCCGAGAUAUUCGACAUUCCCAAAUGCGAAGAGGAUUUGCAAUGAAAAGCCUCUGUAAGCUACAGCGAGGUAAUUCGAGACCAAUGAUGCCGUGGUGUCGGCGACAAACCGAGUCGCCCAGCGUUUACCAAGGCCGUUCUGAAUAUCUAGAGUCGUUUUAACUCGUAGAGUUAGCGAAAUACAUCGUAACACGAUGACAAGAUCCAAAUUGCAUGAAGAACGGACGGUUGAAACGAGAAAUGAAGCAUAUCUGUGAAGAUUGUUCAUCGCAAGCGAUAUUAGAAAAUUAGAGAGAAAAGAAAAGCAAAGACGCGAUUGUUGACGACUAUCGUUGAUGGCGAUUCCCAUUGAUUUGUCUCAGUUAUUCAUAAGUCAUUGUAAAAGGAAUUUUGAUCGAAGAAUCGCGAAAGGAAUUUGCCGCAUUAGAAAAAAUUAAAAGAAAGGAGAAAAUUAUAACGCAAGUGUUGAUUAUCUGAACAGCGAGAUCGCGCAGCGGACAGUAGCGUGAACUUCUAACGACGAUCUUUUAGGGAACAUCCCCUAAAAUGUUUUGAUCGCUCCAGCGAAUAA